AUGUCAGCAGCCCCAGACCAGACAGACGUGUCGAUUCCUGAUCCUCCGGAUAGCGCGGGUUAUCAGGUGUUCGGAUGGGUGUGCAAUGGGGAGGAGCGGGAUAAGGCGAUCAAUUUCAACAAGUACAUCAAGGAGAAAACGGACAACGAGUAUGCCGAACGGGAUGAGACGAACGCUGUCUAUGUUGUUAUGUGUAUGCACUGGCCAGGAUUACGGGGUUUAGACAUCGGAACUUACCCGGUCUCCGUGGAACGGGCCGCAAGAGAACUGCAGAUGGGCGACCCGAGGUGGCACGAGGUCCAACUCUCUCAACGUUAG